CGAACCUCAGGUCAACUGGAAUUUAAUGAUAUAUGGAUCUUGGCCCAUUAAGAGAAUCUCCAGGAGAAUCUCCGAAUCAACAUUGAGGGUUGUUGGUUUGUUAAAAUAGUGGGAAAUAAUUAAUUAAAAGGCCUAAUUAAUUAUUUAACAUGAUAGAUAACCUAGUUUGCAAUUUCAUUCUGUAGAUGGCAUCAAAUAACACGUACAGUCAUUCCAUCAACCUGCGCUAUAUCCUCGAGAGCCAAAAACUCUCCGGGGAAAACUUUCUUGACUGGGAGAAGAACCUUCGAAUCGUUCUUGACUGUGAGAGGACACUCUACAUCCUCGAAACAGAUCCUCCCAAGACCCCUGCAGCUAAUGCUCGUGCGUCCGAACUCACUUCCUUCAAGAAGUAUGAGGACGACGCGCGAGAUGUUAAGUGUAUCAUUAUGGACAGUAUGACCGCAGAACUCCAGAGGCUCCAAGCGGACAUGGAAGUGCAUCCUAUGAUACAACGCUUGAGAGACCUUUACCAGGGUCAACCCCAAAACUCAGAUAUUUACGUUAUUGAAGUCAACAUGUCUGAUUUCACCUCUUGGGUGAUGGAUACCGGAUGUGGUUCUCACAUCUGCACUUCUAUGCAGAAUCUGCAUGAAGUUAGACAUUUGACUGAGGGAGAAGUCCAGCUUAAGGUCGGAAAUGGAUCACUUGUCAAUUCGCUGGCUGUACGAACUUAUGUUCUCUCUCUCCCUAGUGGCUUGUUGUUGCAUUUAAACAAUUGCUUAUUUGUACCUGCCAUUAGCAGGAAUAUCAUUUCUGUGUCCUGUCUUGACAAAGCAGGAUUUUCUAUUAACGUCAAAGACAAGUGCCUUUUGGUUUUCAGAAAUUAUAUUUACUAUGUAACUGCUAAGAUGACCAAUGGUCUUUAUAUCUUAGACUUAGAUGCCACUGUUUAUAACGUAGAUGUUAAGAGAAGCAAACCAAACAGUUUGAAUCUCACAUACCUUUGGCAUUGUCGUUUGGGCCACAUUAAUGAGAAACGCAUAUCUAAGUUACGUCACUCUGGCGUACUUGAUUCAUUUGACCUCGAGUCUUAUGAUGUAUGCCAAUCUUGUUUACUCGGUAAAAUGACAAAGGCUCCAUUCACUGGUCACGGUGAAAGGGCGAGUGAUGUAUUAGGCCUCAUACACUCUGAUGUAUGUGACCCAAUCAACACUGAAGCCAGAGGUGGUUUCUCAUACUUCGUAACAUUUACUGGCGACCUUAUCGAUUCGAAAUGUGACAGGUGUAAAUUUGUGGGAUACCCUAAGGAAACGAAAGGGUAUGAGUUUUAUCAUCCGACCGAUAACAAAAUCUUUGUUGCUCGGAACGGAACCUUCCUUGAGAAGGAGUUUCUCUCUGCUAUUUCUAGUGGGAGAAAGGUAGACCUCGAAGAAAUUCGAGAACCACAAGAAGAGAUCUCAAUAUUAGUGGAACCCGAGCGUCAAGAUUUAGUAUCUCGACCGGCUCAGGUUUUACCACGUAGGUUAGACCGGAUGCGUAAUCCUCCGGUUAGAUACGGUUUCCUUGUAUCUGAUGAAGGUGACGUCUUGCUGGUAGACCAAGGCGAACCUGAGACCUACCUCGAGGCAAUCACGUGCCCCGAAUCCGAACAAUGGCUUAAUGCCAUGAAAUCCGAAAUGGAGUCUAUGUACACAAACCAAGUUGCUUCUUCCACUGCGUGGUUCCGCCAAAGCACCUUGACCAAGGGAACUGUCUUGUUCCUUUACUUCGCGUGCCAAGAUCUGUACGGGUUCUUCUUCAUAGGUAUGACUCUCAUCGAGGGUGACUGCUCCCUCAGGGUGCAUGGUGUACACGGUUUCGUGAGCUUCCCGUAGCAGCCGUUCUCUCACUUCACCGUUCGGUACCACCAAGCGAUCCUUAAAGAGUAGCCUUCCAUCGUCAUCAAUGGUUAAGUCUUGUCUCUCCCCCUUGGAGACAAGCUCCUGAGUCUUCACACAAAAGUCAUCCGUAGUCUGGGCUGUUCGGAUCUCACUUUCCAAUGUCGGCUGAAGUCGUAACU